AUGGCGCUGCCAGCAUCCCCCCUCCACGGCGCGGGCUGGGCGGCCGUCAGCGCGAGCUGCAUCCGGCCAGGGAGCGGCCGACUCCCCGCCGCCACCGGCACACAGCGGGCGCCACCCGCCGCAGGCGACGGGGCCACCACCCACCUGCGCCGCUGCACCGGGCACACGGAGGGUCUGGGCCGUGGGGACGGGGGCGGCCAGGCCCGGCGCCCAGCCGCUUGGUCCCACAGCGCGCCCCAGCUGCGGCGCCAGCUUCCCGCCCGGCCAGCUGCCAUGGGGUGGAUGAGCCGAGGGCCCGCCUGCCCCAGCUGUGUCCAUGCCUCGGCGGCGGAAGUCUGCAAUCUGCACACGGCCUGCGGCCACCUCCCAGCAGCCACGACGCUGCAGCCACAGCGCUGUGAGGUCUCGGUCUUGGACCACCACCCGGGUCCAUCCCCAGAGCCACAGGGGCUGGCCUGGACGUCAGCGGACGCUGCUUGGCGACAGAAAGAGAAUCGAUUACCUGAAGCUCACAGAGCAGCUGGACAGGAAGGGGCCUGCGGGGCACCCAGCUGGUCUCCGCGGGAGAAGUCCCGCGAGAGACACAACAGCUGGGAGCCGGAGGAAAACAUCCUGGACCCGAGGCUGCUCCUGGCCUUCCAGAAGAAGGAGCAGGAGAAGGAAGCACACAGCCGCAAGAGGGGCAAGCGGCCGCGGGGCCGGCCCAGGAAGCACGCGGUGGUGUCCUCCUGCAGCCGGCACAGCAAGCUCAAGGAACCCGACGCCCCCUCCAAGUCCAAGUCCAGCAGCUCCUCCUCCAGCUCCUCGUCCUCGUCCUCGUCCUCCGACGAAGAGGACGACAGCGACUCAGACGCCAAGCGGGGCCCCCGGGGCCGCGAGACCCACCCCGUGCCUCAGAAGAAGGCCCAGAUCCUGGUGGCCAAGCCCGACCUGCAGGACCCCGCCCGGAAGAAGCGGGGCCGCAAGCCCCUGCCCCCGGAGCAGAAGGCGGCCCGGAGGCCCGUGAGCCUGGCCAAGGUGCUGACGGCCGCCCGCAAGGACCUGGGGGCGCCGGCCGGCAAGCUGCCCCCUCUGAGCGCGCCCGUGGCCGGCCUCGCUGCCCUGAAGGCUCACGCCAAAGAGGCCUGUGGGGGCCCCGGUGCCAUGGCCACCCCAGAGAGCCUGGCCAGCCUGGUGAAGGGCGGCCUGGUGGGGGGCGUGGCCACCGGCCCCGGCCGGGGCGGCAUCGGCUGGCAGAGCUCCAUCGCACACUACAUGAGCCGGACUGGCCAGGGCCGGCCCCAGGCCGCCAGCAGGCCAGCCCUCCAGGCCCAGGCGGCGGGCAGGUGUGGCCUGGGGCUGGGCCUCAAGGUGAGGACGCCGAAGGGGGGGCUGGGGGCCAGCCCCCCAGGAGGCAAAGGCCCGAAGGCUCCCGGCAGCGGGGCUGUGGAGCAGAAACCGGGGAGCGCAGGAGCCGCCCCCCACCUCCACGGCGGCAGCAAAGCCCCUGCCGGGUGCCUGGGCCCACAGCCUGCGCCCACCCAGGAGCUGAGCCUCCAGGUCUUGGACCUGCAGAGCGUCAAGAACGGCGCGCCCGGGGUGGGCGUGGUAGGCCGGCACCCCGCGGCCCCCAAGGGCGUCCCCGCCGCCAGCCCGGCCACCGGCAAGGGCCCCGGCCUCCCCCUGGGGAGUGGCGGCUGCGCGCCCUCCAGCAGCAGCAAGAGCGAGAAGCAGGCCGGCAGGGCGGCCGCGCCGCCCCCUGCGGGCAAGAGGGACUGUGCCCCCGGCGGCCAGGAGGGCCCCCCAGCCCCGGGAGAAGCCCGCCAGGCGGCCGCGCUGUCCGAGAUGAGCACGGGCGAGGAGAACAGCAGCUCCGACUCGGACCCCGACUGCGCCUCGACCCCCGGCGCCCAGCACAACCUCUCAGUGUCCGUCCAGACCAGCCAGGACUGGAAGCCCCCCCGCAGCCUCCUGGAGCACGUCUUCGUCACCGACGUCACCGCCAACCUCAUCACCGUCACCGUGAAGGAGUCCCCCACCAGCGUGGGCUUCUUCAACCUGAGACAUUACUGAGCCCCUCCGGCCUCCUCAGGGCCCUGGCCCGCAGGCAGGCGUGGCCGGCUGCGCCCAGGCCCACUGCCUGCGACGGCGGGCUCCGUGCCUUGAGGCCGCGCCCAGGCCGGCCUCACCCUGCUCCUACCUCUCUGGGCGCUCUGCUCCCCAUCUCACCUCAGGAAGUCUGUGGGGACUCCCGUGGCUCCGGCACGGGGUCUUGGACCAAAUCCCGGCCCGGCGGGGGCUGCCGUGGUCACUGCGCAGGCGCCCGGUGGUAGGGGAGGGGCCGGCACUGCCUCAGGGCCCUGCGGUCACUACCCCGGGCCGCAGUGCGCCCCCAGCGGGCGCCACGCAGCACUGCCCCUACCAGCUGGGCACCGCAUCCUUGGGAGGGCGCCGAUGGGGGCUCUGGAGGUCGGUGCCUCUAGUGGGAUAACACCUACAGCCCCCAGAUGUGUCCAGCAGGCUGAGGGGACUGUCCCCAGGGUACCUCCGGGGAAGCUGAGGAGGCUGGACUUGCUGCUGGCCUUAGAAAGGCCACUUGCACCUCACAAAGUGCCCCGGGCCCUGGAGGAUGCGAUGUGGACAGUUGUAGGAACAAGACCCACUCACCCACCUGACUGACCCCUGCUGACCUCCAGCUCCUGUGCAGGUGGUGGCCACGGGCCCCCACCCCCCCCAAGUGGGCAGACACCUGACAAUCGCCCCUGCUCGGGGCUCCCGUUCCCAUGUGAGAUGCCGUGUUCCUGUGUCUGCUGGGGACUGGGGUAAUGCCCAGGAGCCCCACGUCCUGCCCAGGGGGCUGAGCAAGAGCCCCCGAGUUUAGCCUCCUGAACUUGGCUGGGCAGAGGCGGCCAGCAGGCAGGCGGGCCACUGGGUCCUCAACACCAAAAACGUGGGGGACCUUCUUUGGGUUACCGGGUAGGAGCCGGCAGGUGUGGUCCCAGAGCCCCGUCGCAGGGGAGUGAGGACUUGGCGUGCUCAUGUGUCUGGAGCAGCCCCCCGGGCCCCGACUCGCCCCACCCCAGGCCCCACUCUCCCUCCGAAUCUAAAGAGACAGCUUUUGUUCAGCCAAAUGGACCUGACCAUGUGCCUUUGGGGGCGGCUGACCAAGCGAGGUCCAGGAGCCGCCUUGGGCCGUGUACACCACGGCCAGGGGACGGGCCCCCUUCUGCGCCCAGGGCGGAGAGACCCACUCAUUGCCCAGCUGGGGAGGAGGACCCCAGGCCCGUGUGUCCGGGGGUUCCCCGGGUCCCAGCCCUGUGUCCCUGUGGGUGCUGACCACCUCCAAGUUCUCCAGCGCCUCCAUGGCGCCUGGCUGCCUUGGGCACAAAGCUAGGCCAGCAGCACCCUCCUGCCCGGCCCCAGGGUGGCCACACAGCCCAGUCCUCACCCCGCAGCCCCACUGGUGCCUUGUUUGAUCCCAAAGCGACCACCCGCCACACCGCCUCCCCGCGCAGGCUGUCGCCCUCCAAGCGGCAUGUUCGGGGCACUCGCACCCCUGGGGAGCAGCAGGCCAGGCCUCCGGGAGUGCCCGCCGCUGCGUGUGGGGUCUUUGUGUCACUGCUACCUGUGCGUGCUGGGCGCCGACCCCGCGUGGCCUGCGCCCCAGGACUGGCAGCCAGCAGUGGCCGGCUGGCCUCCAUGCAGGGUCAGCAUAUUUUUCUAUAUAUAUUUUUGGUACCAAAAAGUGUGCCCUGCCUUGGCUGUGCUCAGUUCUGGCCUGACGGGAGGACUUGGAGCCCAGCGUGCCCGAGGAGGGCUGGGGAGGACCAGAGUCCGACGCGCCCGUCCUGGGCUUCAUUUGUGUUUCUGCAUUAAAGAGA